CGGGGCCGCGCGUGCUCCCCCGCCGGCGGGGGGGCGGGGGAAGAUGGCGGCCGGGAAGCUGCCGGCCCGGGUGUUGGAGCUGCUCUUCUCCUACCUGGAGCUGCCCGAGCUAUUGAGCUGCUCGCUGGUUUGCCGCCACUGGAACCGCUGCCUGGAGGCGGACGAGAACAGCGAGGUUUGGAGGAGCGUGUGCCAGCGGCUGCUGAGCGAGGAGGCGCUGAGCUCGGACAUCCUGUGUAACCUGAGCAGCUACAAGGCCAAGGCCCGGGCCCUGCGACACGCCUGGAGCUCGGCCGACUGCUCCCGCAACGUCUACAUCAAGCGCAACGGCUUCACCCUGCACCGCAACCCCAUCGCCCAGAGCACGGACGGUGCCCGGGCCCACAUCGGCUUCAGCGAGGGCCGCCACGCCUGGGAGAUCUGGUGGGAGGGACCCCUGGGCACCGUGGCUGUCAUCGGUGUGGCCACCCGCCGCGCCCCCCUCCAGUGCCAGGGCUACGUCGCCCUGCUGGGCAGCGACGACCAGAGCUGGGGCUGGAACCUGGUGGACAACAACCUGCUGCACAGCGGCGAGGCGGCCGGCAGCUUCCCGCAGUGUAAUAACGCGCCCAAAUACCAGAUUGGGGAAAGGAUACGUGUCAUUCUUGACAUGGAAGACAAGACUUUAGCAUUUGAACGAGGCUAUGAAUUCCUUGGCGUAGCUUUCCGAGGCUUGCCAAAAGCAUGUCUGUAUCCAGCAGUGUCAGCAGUUUAUGGUAACACUGAGGUGACUAUGGUGUAUCUGGGCAAACCACUUGAUGGUUGAUUGUGGGUAAACUGAACAAGUUUACAUCUUAGAACCAAAGCAAGCUGCUCAAAGGGCCAUGGAUAGUCUUAUCGAUUCCAGGCAGUCAAAAGGAGUGAUGCGCAUUAGUCCAAGGGAGUGCAGUGAGGACUGCCAGCCAGCAAACCCAUAUGGCUGGAUCACCAUUGUAUAUAUGUCUAAAUAAUCUGUGUGUAUGUUGUGAUGUUGUGUGUCUGUUUUAUUAUAACAUGCUGUGUACAAUUUCACUGUAACAAUGGAAGGGGGAGAUAGGAACAGAGUAAGACUGUAACUCAAAUCAUUUUUCUAGUUAGAGAUUUCACUACAAUUGUGUACCCUGGCUGCAUCUUGAAACACAUUUGAUUGUGAUCAAAUGCUGCAAAGCUCAGGAUUUUAAGUUAUUUAUUACCGUGACAUGGGCUGGACUCACAAGGAAGUAUCUUCUGGGAAUGGGAGAGUGGAGAUGUGAAUGAAGUAGUGUGGCUAAUGUCACAUGGAUCACUGCAUGGCAGGUCUGUGCCAAGGAACAGGUAGUGCUCGUGGCAUCUGACAUGUAAAUGUUUUAACAAUUGGUUCCUUCAAAGAAGCAGUUGACACUUUGCCACUUGACAGUUCCCUGAUUCUCUUGACCUUGAUCACAUUUAGCUGAUUCAGUUUCAGGCAGUGUUAUCAACAGUAAAGGGAACUCCCUCUACCCUCUUUACCACCAGUUCUUCACUUUCUUCUUUGUUCCUAUUUCAAGUUAGUUUUACAGGGCAAAGUGGAAAGUUGUAUCUAAUGGUCCAAUCUGAGCCUUACCUGUUUAGAAAAUGGUUUACAAGUGAGUUGACUUAAUACCCAGUUUCACUUCAAUCUCACUGAACCCAUCAAAAGCUGCAGCACAAACUGACAUGUUCUUUUGAACUGAAUGGUUUAUUUGCAAGGCUGUUGUACAGUGUUAGUGGUCAAUAUUUCAGCUUUUUUAAACCAUGAAUUUGUUUUGCGAGCUCUGCGAUGAAUGCACCAAAUUGACAAAUUCAAAUGCAUGUUGUAAGCUGAAGUAUACAUAACUUUCAGCAGUUCCCUGAUGAAUGCGCCAGGUAAACAAUUAUUCAUGUUAUUCAUUUCUGUUUGAACCUUGCUAGAGUGCUGGAAUAAAUGUUCAGGACUAUUGAAUCAUACAGCAUGGGCUAGAAUCUAAUUCCACUGUGAAUUUGAAGCAAAAACAGAAAUUGCUGGAAAAGCUCAGCAGGUCUGGCAGCAUCUGUGGAGGGAAAUCAGAGUUAACGUUUUGGGUCGAGUGACCCUUCCUCAGAAGGCCCCGGCCUUCAAAACAGGAAUGCCAGGUGAUUUUAGGCAAUCUGGGGAAUGGUACUGGAUGCUGUUUUACACACUAGGAGUUUCUAUAGGAAGCUUUCCAAAUAUUCCUGGGGUCAGGAAAUGGGAAUAAGUACUGCCCAUAUGGUAUAACUGUCUCUCAGGUUUCCCAAAAUUCCAUAUGCCUCUGGGGGUCAUGAUGUUGUUCUAGGUUCUGUACCAGUGGUGUUGCAGUAAUAUGUUUUAGAAAUGGGCUACUCCGAAGAUGAGAGCAAUCCCAGUGGUUGGGCCUGGAGCCUUCACUUUUUAGCCUAGCUAUUGUACAGUGAUGACUGGGCCUGCAUUUUAAUCUGAAUUUCCAAUUAGAAAAUGGGAGGGUAUUUAUUUUUUAAAAAUCUACUCAAAUGUGAAGUUGUUGAUUUUACUGCACGUUUCUGUCUGGUACAAGGCAGCCAUGAUGAAACGUAUUGCUGCUAUAAAAUUGUACUUUCGUUACUUUUGUGUAUUUUUGUAACUUUAGUUAAUUUUUUGUGUGUGUGUGUGUUAUGCACAUGAUGGUUUGAACUUGGUCUUUUGCUAUUUACAACCUUUCAUUUGUGCAAAUGCCAUGGAAUUUGUGCGAAAUUUUAAGUGACCUGAAUUCUACCAUUUGUUAAUGAAAAGAAGUUAUUUUACCCUGAGAAUGAAUUGAUAAAAUGUGUGUGAUCUUCAACUUUGAUCAGGGGACUGCAGAGCAUGGCUGAGGCUGCUUGACAGUACACUACAUCUUGCUUAUGGGCAUUAAGACCGCAAUGAGGAGACUUGGAACUCUGCACUGUAUUAAAUGUAUGUUUUCCAGUUAUCCUCGUGUAAAAUAUAACAUGAUUUAUCUUAGUUUCAGGUCAUCACUGCUUUAUCUCAAGAGUUACAACUGGCACGUUAAAUAAAUUACAAAGGAACUUGAGGGAAGUGUAAUAACUAGUUUUUUUUUCAGAAUUUCUAUUAUUGUCAAAUAGUAAAACCAUUUUGUUUAUGCUUUAGCUAAUUUAGAACAUAAAAUCUUUGUACAUCUGUUUCGGUUGGACAAAACUAGACAGUGUCCUUAUGAUUCUAAGGGGAUAUCUGACCUUCUGUUACUUCAGCUGCCAUUUCUGUACCAGGGAGAGAGUGAGAACCCUGGAGAAAUCCUUUCACCAGAGAUUUACCUGGAGGAGUCUUCAAUUUUAAGCAGUCAAUCCAGAGUGUCUCUUUUUUUCAGUUUGUGCUAAAAUUUACCUGACCCGUUUAUUUCUGCAUUUGUACAUAAUGUUAUCUGUAAAUAAAUCUGGAGUAGUAAUUUUCA